CCGAUAUGUUCAAAAUGGAGACUUUUAACGAUGUUUUAAUGGUCUACUUGUUCAUUAGCCUUCAUAUUCGUUGUCCGUGAACAGUCGGUGUAAUUUAUACAGUCAACUUCACAGCGUACUUUCGUCGGUCCUUCCUCAAACAGUAGAGGGCGCUAUUCAAAUCACAGCGUCAGUACCGUGCUACCUUCCACCCGGAUGUUGUUCACGCUUGUAGCACACAUGCCGAUCAAAACCUGAGAAGAGAAUCGUCUAAAAUGGAAUUAAACGUCAAGAAAACGAGUUCGCAGGCUUUGCUGUCGUGUGGCAACGGAGGAGGUCUCAGUGAGAAGCUUCUCCUCAAGCCAAAGGCUGGCGGUUCCCUCCAGACUGAAAGAGUCCCGAGAAGCAGCGUGCUGGAGCGGCUGCAGAGCUUCCUGCCUCAGAUGGCCGAGGCCAAUGAAAAGCUGAAGCAGCAGAUGGAGGACGCUCCUGCUGGAUGCUUUGAUAUAGAGAGCGUGGAAGAGGCAGAGCGGGUCAUAGAGAUGGACGUAGCGCUGGUGGAUCUCAGCGGGUCAGACAGCGACUCUGGAGAGGAAGAGGAGACUUCGGACUCCGAGGAGGAGUCAGACUCUGGCGAGGAGAACGGGAUCACAGAGCAGAACCUCAAAUUACCUGGAGACAAAGGCAAGACGAAGAAAGCCAACAUCCAGGUUGUUGAUCAACAAGGAGAGUAGAAAAGUUGCCCAGACAGACUUUUGGCUGCAGAUUGAAUUUCUUUGACCUCUGAGGUGAUGUGGGUAAAACCGACCAAUGACAAAACCUCUGCCUCGUGUGCACAGCACAGACUAUGAGAGCAGAAAACUCCUGUGUGGAGAGAUGCAGAUCUUCCUGAUGCUGAUCUGUAUAAGAAAAGUAAAUAUUAUUUUGUACAGUUAAAGGUCAAAGCUGCAAAAGUGCCUUUGGAGCUAGAACACAGUAUGCGAUUACCUCAUCCAGCCCGGCCAUCAUCUGAACGUAGGACCUCUCGUACAGGAUGUGUUUAGGUGGAACACUGGAUCACUUUGUGUUUGGCCCCUGUUUUGAUGAGCUGACACACAUUCUUACAUCAGUUUGGCCUACAAGCUUUUUGUGCUUUCAUGAGGCACAUUUGUGAUUUUCUUGAAUCAGUUCAGGCAGUCCAUUAGCUAGCUGAAAUAAUCCUGUUAAUUCCUUCAAAUUUUCAUAAUUAAACGCCAUGUUCUCUGGUUCAGUCGG